UUACUCUAUCCUCUCCCACACCCAACAAAUAGGCAAAACGUUCCCCGCCUGAGGCUCCUCAAAAACCAUGGACUUCAAUUCUCAGUAUCUUCACCCUUAACACCUCUAACACAAGCUUCUGUAAAUGGCAAGCUCUGAUAUCUCCAUAUUUCAGUCCAAGAAACUCUCUCUUUUCCUCAACAUAUCCUUCCUCUUCCUCCUCUCUGUCUUUCUCAAAACUCAUCUUUUCCCCUCCAACUCAAGUUUGCUUCAUCUAUCCCUUGGAACUCCUACGAUUUCUUCCGUCUCCAAUCCUCUGUUCCUCCGUAGUAUCGGAACAGAUGGCUGCACCGGCCUCCAAAACUACCAAGAUAACGAGUACAAGUGCUUGUAUGUCAAAACACAUAUUGGCUGCAGGCCCAAAGGGUACAUAAGUUAUCUGCAAUUCUUUUACUGCAAUUUUGGGCAGUUUCCUUUCCUGGGUCAUGUUGUACUUUUGUUAUGGCUUCUGGUUCUGUUCUAUCUAUUGGGUAAUACAGCUGCAAACUAUUUCUGUUCUUCUUUGGAAAGCUUGUCUAAGCUCAUGAAGCUUUCUCCAAUCAUAGCAGGAGUCACCCUUCUUUCACUUGGAAAUGGGGCUUCUGAUGUCUUUGCUUCCAUUGUCUCUUUCACAAGAUCUGGGAGUGGUGAUGUUGGUCUAAACAGCGUUUUGGGAGGUGCCUUCUUUAUAUCGAGUGUUGUUGUCGGAAUAAUAAGUAUUUUGAUUAGCUCUCGUCAUAUUUCAGUUGACAAAUCGAGCUUUAUCAGAGAUGUUAUCUUCUCUCUCUUCUCUCUUUUCUCUCUUCUCUUGAUCAUAGCCAUUGGGGAAAUCAACUUGUGGGGUGCGAUUUGUUUUGCUUCUAUUUAUUUUGUAUACGUUUUCACCGUCUCGGCCACUCAUUUCUUCUGUAGAAAUGAGGGGACUUCUAAUUCAAACCAAGAUACAGGCGAAAUCGCAAUCCCGUUACUUGGUUCUGUCGAUGAUGAAAAGCCAAUCUUAGUGGAGAAAACCGAUCUUGAAGAACAACUGCAGAUUCCAAGCUUUUUGCAUCUCAAUUCAUCAACUUGUUACUAUUUUAGCAAUAUUUUACAUGUUUUGGAGCUGCCUCUUCAGUUGCCAAGAAGACUGACUAUCCCCGUUGUUAGUGAGGAGAGCUGGUCUAAGCCAUAUGCAGUGAUCUCGGUUACUUUGGCACCACUUCUCUUGGCAGCGAUUUCUAACACACAGAGAGAAAACGUGGGUUUAAGGAGCAGCCUGGUGACGUAUUUGACAGCAGGAUUGAUUGGGAUGGUUUUUGGGAAUCUUGCAUUUGUGACCACCAAAAAGUCUAGCCCACCAAAGAGGUGCUUGUUCCCAUGGCUGGCAGGAGGGUUUUUGAUGAGUGUCACUUGGACAUAUAUCAUUGCUGAGGAAUUAGUUUCUUUGUUGCUUUCUAUUGGGCAUAUAAUUGGGAUUAACCCUUCAAUUCUGGGGCUAACAGUCCUAGCUUGGGGCAACUCCCUUGGAGAUUUAAUAGCCAAUACUGCCAUGGCAAUCAAUGGAGGGACAGAUGGGGUCCAGAUCGCCAUAUCAGGAUGCUAUGCUGGGCCCCUGUUCAAUGUCUUAAUGGGCAUAGGCUUGUCACUUGUUUUAUCAUCGUGGUCUGUAUAUCCAUCUUCUUUUGUGAUUCCUACAGACCCUUCCCUCUAUGAAACUGUGGGGUUUCUGAUUGGAGGUUUGCUUUGGGCUCUUGUGAUAUUACCAAAGAAGAAUAUGAGGCUGGAUAGGUUUCUUGGAGUUGGGCUUUUGACCAUCUAUGUCUGCUUUCUGUUCCUAAGGCUGGCCAGAGCACUUGGUCUUCUGAACCUUCAUGGGACCUCCUUCAAACUCUGAGAAAGGAGAGCUCUUUUCAAUGGUGGAACUUUAUGUAUAUUUGCUGAAACCUUCUGUAAGCAUCAAUACUCUUUGUAACUUUGGUUCAUUUUCCCUUUUGCCCCUUUAAAGGGUGGGCCUCUUUUCUAGAGUGGAACUUAAAAUACGAUGUUGUGUUAAUGCAUAUAAUGUUAAUAUAUUUCCUACCAA